AUGGAUGCUGCCGAAGAGCUAGAUAUAGUGAUAGUUGGUGCCGGCAUUUGCGGCCUCGCCACGGCCCUCGCACUUCACAGGAAGGGCAUAAAAAGCGUAGUUUUGGAAAGAUCAGAGAGGCUCCGAGCUUCCGGCGCGGCCAUUGGCAUUUUGACAAAUGGUUGGCGCGCACUUGAUCAACUUGGUGUCGGAUCGAGGCUUAGACAAACUGCAGUUCUUCAACAAGGAACACGAGACAUAUGGCUAGAAAGCAACAAACAAGAAGUAAGACCGACCUCGAAAGGAGAAGCCCGUGGUGUAAAAAGGAGUGACCUAAUUGACAUCCUUGCUCAAGAUUUACCCCGUGGCACCAUUCGGCUUGGAUGCCACAUACUCUUCGUGGAAUUGGACCCUUUGACCAACUUUCCCAUUCUUCAGUUUCGUAAUGGACGUACACUCAAGGCCAAGAUUUUGAUUGGGUGUGAUGGAGAGAACUCGGCAGUGGCGGAAUUUCUAAGACUUAAACCAAAAAAGGUCUUCCCUGCGCGUGUUAUGAGAGGGCUAACCUACUAUCCAAGCCCCCAUGGGUUUGCCCCUGAGUUUGUCAAAACUCAUGGGAAGGACGUUGUGUUUGGAAGAGCUCCAAUCUCAGAAAACCUUGUUUAUUUGGUCCUACUUUUACCAGGUUACCCCAAAGAUUCAGAGAUUUUCAACGAUCCAGAGCUACUAAAAAAAAUGGCUCUAGAGAAAACCAACAGUUUCCCAAAGGAAAUAAUAGAAAUGAUCAAAAACUGUGACAUAACUUCACUGUCCCUCAAAGAGUUAUGGUAUAGACCGGCUUGGGAAAUACUUCUGGGGACGUUCAGAAAAGGGACGGUGACCGUGGCCGGUGACGCGAUGCACGUGAUGGGGCCGUUUCUAGCACAAGGCGGCUCCGUGGCCUUGGAAGACGCAGUAGUCCUUGCUAGAUGUUUGGCACAGAAGAUCCAUGCUAGGACUUUUUCUGAAAGAAAUCAUGAAUUAAUAAGGAAGAACGUGGGACAAGCAAUGGACUUGUACGUUAAGGAAAGGAGGAUGAGGCUGGUGGGAUUGUCUGCUCAAACUUAUUUGACUGGCUUGUUGCUUAGCUCUACAUCAACGAUAAGGAAGCUCUUGCUUCUUGCGUUGAUUACUGUCCUUUUUCCGGAUCCAAUUCAUCACACACAAUAUGACUGCGGUCACCUUUAAA